AUGGCCCUCAGCCAAUCAUCCAGCCGAACUCUGGCUCCGGUGCUUCUGUCCUUGCUCCUGGGUGGUCCGGUGCUGGCCUCAGAGAUUGUGGGUGGCCGGCCAGCCCAGGCCCACGCUUGGCCCUUCAUGGCGUCCCUGCAACGACGUGGAGGUCACUUCUGUGGCGCUACACUCAUCGCCAGAAGCUUCGUCAUGUCAGCAGCCCACUGUGUGAACGGCCGAAACUUCCGGUCGGUGCAGGUAGUGUUGGGGGCCCACAACCUCCGGCGUCGGGAACCCACUAGGCAGAUCUUCUCUGUGCAGCGGGUCUUCGAGAAUGGCUACGACCCCUCGCGUCUGGUGAACGACAUUGUAAUCAUCCAGCUCAAUAGUUCGGCCACCAUUAACACCAACGUGCAGGUGGCCCAGCUGCCUGCCCAGGGCCGUGGCGUGGGUAACGGCACUCCAUGUCUGGCCAUGGGCUGGGGCAGGCUGGGCACAAACCGACCAUCACCCAGUGUGCUCCAAGAGCUCAAUGUGACGGUGGUGACAAACCUCUGCCGUCGCCGUCUGAAUGUAUGCACACUGGUGCCGCGGCGGCAAGCAGGCAUCUGCUUCGGGGACUCUGGAGGACCUCUGGUCUGUAAUGGGCUUGUCCAAGGCAUCGACUCCUUUAUCCGUGGGGGCUGCGGGUCUGGAUUGUACCCAGACGCCUUUGCGCCUGUGGCUGAGUUCGCAAACUGGAUCAGCUCCAUUAUCCGUAAACAUGAUGACCACCCCAACACCCACCCCGGAGAUCCCGAGAGUGGGACCAGCUAA